AUGAAAUUAAAUUUGCAGAUGAAGAAACUAAAUUCCAUAUAUAGAAAAUCUGUAAUAUAUUUCCUCGAGUUCUCAAUAAAAGAUGUCUUCUCAGAAUCAAAAUGUACUGUGCUGCUUCUUCACCUUCUUCUUCCAAAAUUUCAAUCUUUUCAACAAGCUUCAAUUUCAGGAAAAUUCAAGAAAAUUAGAUGUACUGAGAAAACAACAUGUAAUUCUACAGGAGGCAAGACUCCAAGGAAGCAGCUUGCCACUAAGGCGGCCCAUAUAUCUGCCCCAACAACCGGAGGAGUUAAGAAGUCUCACAGAUACAGACCUGAAACUGUUGCUCUUCGUGAAAUCCGCAAGUACCAAAAGAGUAUUGGGCUCUUGACCAAGCAAUUGCCAUUUCAAAGGCUUAUUCGUGAAAUUGCACAAGAUUUGAAGCCUGAUUUGCGUUUCCAGAGUCAUGCUGUUUUGGCCUUGCAGAUAGCAGUUGAGGCAUUUCUUGUGGGAUUGUUUGAAGACACAAAUUUGUGCGCCAUUCAUGCCAAUCGUGUAAUAAUCAUACGCAAGGAUUUCCAACUUGCUAGAAGAAUUAGGGGGAGAAAGAUUUUAGAAUGCUAG